AAACUAAAAAACAUUCUUCAUAUGAAUUCAACAUUUCUGCUGAAUAGUUCCCUUUGUGACAAUAUGCCCCGCCCUUUAAUGAGCAAUUUGUGCUCAAUGGACUGUAUAUUGUGUUAUAUGCAAAAAUGGAAGGAAUUCUCAAGAGCCUUAUUCUAGUCAAACAAAGAUGUUUGAACAAAAAAAUGAGUUUACAUGGAGUAAAUAGUGUGGAAAAGAGUGAAAACAUACUCUAGCCUCUGUCUCCUCUUUAAGCAUGAGUGGUUUACAGAUUACAGCUUGUAUAGGUUCAAAAGUGACUGCUAAAAGGGUGACUUAUGAGUUCACCCAACCCAUCCCUCCAGCACGACUGUCCCUAAUCAAACACUGCAAGUUGUUUUAGACAAAAUACCUGCAAAGAGAAAACAAAUAAAAUGUAAUACUUGUGAUGUAUGAUAUACAAAAAAGCAAUAUGGAUCCACAGAUGUUACUGAGAGCAGAGGCAUAACGUCAUCUCUGUCUGAGACCAGAUCAUCAAGCCAAUUUAGAAAAAAGCAUUACGAGAUGUGAAAAACAUAUCCAUGUCAAAUAUCUGAUUGGCUGUAUAUUUUAUGUACAUGUCAUAAAUCGAUAUGCAGGAUGAAAGCUAUUUCUAGACACAGGCAUGCAGUGUCAUGCCUCCCACGGUUUUGCAUAUCACCCAGGCAACCGUUUCAAAAAAAAUGCGCUUGCAUCCAACUCUGUCUCUUUUGUUGCACUGUGAAUACUUCAUCCUUGCCGCAGCCGCUCGCAUGCAGUCAAUGUGACCGGCCAAUGCAAUGCAAUGCAAUGCAAUGCUCUAUAUGGAUUUUUAAAGGGAAACACACCUCCAAUAACCACAGCUGCUUCCAGCUGGGUGGGUGUCUUUUGUGAGAGCAUGGCACAUGUGCGCUCUGUAAUAUACGGAUGGCUUACUGACUUUGCUUGCCGUGCACGUGUGCUGGACACAGCCCAGAAGGGAGCAAAUCAGCUGCUCGCACAAUCUCCCUCAGGAAGAAUUUCUGUCUCACACUCCUCUGCCUCUCUCUCUCUUAACCAGUCUAUUCCCUGCUAGAGAUGCACCGAUAAGCCGUUGGCUGGAGUGGAAGACUUGUGCACAGAGAACACAGAUGCUCUACAUGUAAUAUACGGACACACACACACACACACACACAUACACUCGCUGUAAGAUGCCAGCUCAUCUGAGCCUGGCAGAGCAGGAACGGGAGUGGAGGAGGACAGAGCUGGGUCUCGCUGCGAUCUCGGAGAAGGGUCGGACGAAGAUGUGCGACACUGCGAGGAAGCAGAGAGAUUCCAGAUCUGACGUGAGACCCACAGCCCUGGAGCAAAAAAGAAAAGCAUGUGCUCCACCGAACAUUAAAUCAGCGCAGAUUAACAUCAACAAACGAAAUGGAAAUAAUACAGAAUCAAAUGCGCUGAAAGUGGACGAGAGACUGCGACUGGCCCGGGAACGUAGAGAGGUGUACCAAAAACAGCUGGCCCUGCGUGAGCGGGGUUGGCUGGCGAGGGAGGAGCGGGCCAAGCAGUUCUACGAGAAACACCUUGAGGAGCGAAGGAAGAAGUUGGAGGAGCAGCGACAAAGAGAGGAACGGAGGAGGAUGGCGGUCGAGGAGAAGCGCAAACAGAGGCUCAAAGAAGAAAGAGAGCGUUACGAGUCUGUGGUGCGGAAGACGAUGGAGAAAAGUGAAAAAGCCAAACAGAAACCUACCCGCUGCUCACGAAGGGUCAUCAAGAACGAAAACAAUAACGCUAAACGCCGCUCUCUUAGUCAGUGGGAGAUUGACCUUGUCCGUCGUCUUCAGACUCCUACUGUCUCUUAUCUAGCCAGAAGCAGGAGCGCUGUGUGUCUGUCACGAGACACAGUUGUUCAUGUUUGUCGUCGUUCAGCCUCAUGUCAUACCAUGAACUCAAGCGCCACACGAAAACCCCAGGUGCAUUGUGGGAAAGUGCCAAACAGGCCUGCAAGCUCGAGUCCAAGAGUCACCAUCCGGAGGACCACCAACAGAGAUCUGGUGGCAAAAGGAAAUUCUGAGGGACUGGACCUGAAAAAGCCACAGAUUCAAACAACAACAACUGAAAUCAAGCCCAAACAGGACACAAACCCACCAGAGAAUACCGUCCUCCCAGCAUCAUGGCUGCAGAACAGAUCACAUAUCCGUCAAGCCACGAUUAAACAAGACAGUUUGCCUCCGCUGCCAGAAGAGGAGGACCUAGAAUCCGAGGAAACGCUUGCUCAACAAUGCCUGCGAGAUAACCAACUCCAGUCGAAUCCAGUUACUAAUGGGCCUUCGAAUCCACCAGCAGGUUCUCAGAUUCCUAAUGGACCAAGUCAGCUUGGUGACGCAGCACAAGUGAGACCCGCUGCUUGGACUACAGACCCUGAAGAAGCCACCCGACUUCUGACUGAGAAAAGGAGACAAGCCAGACUCCAGAGAGAGAAGGAGGAAGAGGAGCGCAGACAGAAGGAGGAGAUGGAAAGAAAGAGCAGAGAGGAACUGGUCCGUCGAAGAGCUGAAGAACGAGCCAGGCAGGAAGCAGAGGCCCUGAGACUGGAGGAGGAGAAGAGGAAGAGAGAGGAAGAAGAGCGACUCAAGGCUGAAGAGGAGAGCAUUCGCAGACAGAAAGAGGAAGAAAACAGGCUUCAACAGCAGAGAGAGCAAGAGGCUCGUCAGAGGGAGCUGGCAGAGCAGCAGAGACUGGAAAGAGAGAGUCGUUUCCAGAAAGAGGAGGUUGAACGCCAAGAAAGGAAAAAGCGUCUGGAAGAAAUCAUGAAAAGAACGAGAAAAACAGACUCUGAUAACAAGAAAACUGCAUCGGUGAAGGACAACUUGCCUUGUGAGAACGUGAAGCCUGUAAUCAGGCUAGCAGGUCCAGGAAAAACGCCAAAACUGGAGCUGAGGGACGAGGAGGAUAUGCUUCCUACUGUGGCCUUCAAGGAGCGCCGGUCCUUUCGCAGUCUUUCUGGCCUGGAUGAGAUACAAGCCCAUCAGCAAACCGAGGUUAUUUAACCCACGGAUCUGUCAUAUGAUGCCAAGACCAUCAGAGCAACUUCAGCAAGCUUGUCUUUCUGAACAACACAUGCACUUAAUUUCCCUGCACUUUAAUAAACCUGUAGUUCAGCAGUCACACGUCCUUCUACAGAUUACAGUUCUCCACUGCCCAAUUAAAAUGAUGCCUGAAUUACUGCUUGAUUUGCUAGAGUGACAUCAUUACAUCACUCAGUAGCUGGAUAAAUUUGAGUAUGCUGUAAGAUUCACAUAACAACAACAAUAAUAAUAAUAAUAAUAAUAAUACUUGAAUAAUACUUAUUGACUUAAAGGUAGACUACCCGCCAAAUAAAACUUGAAUGACUAAUUUUUAAGCUUUAAUUUCAUCGUUUAACAUUUUAGCCAGUAUGUUAUGUGUUAUGAAGAGAAAGGUUUUCUCCUCAAACGUCCGAGUUGUGUUCUAAAAGUCUUAUGGAUUUAUCAGUUGGUUUUUUUUUUGUUUUGUUUUAAAUAUACACAUGUAAAUGGUAAUAUUCACGUGCACGAAUGCAAAAUGUACAGUACGGUUUAAAAGUUUGGGGUCAAGUACAAUUUUAUUUUUUAGCAAGAACGCAUUAAAAUGAUCAAAACUCAAUUGCAAAUAAAUUUUCUAAUCUAAAGGAUUCUAAAAAUGUAUUCCGGUUGACAAAAAUAUAAGCAGCAUAACUAUUUUUAACAGUUUCUUGAGCACCAAAUCAGCAUAUAGUGGCUUCAACAAUAACUUGCUACCCCGCUGCCUAAAAAGUUUAGUUUAAACAAUUUUGAUUUUUUUUUUUAUACAGUGUAUUAGAAUGAUUUCUGAACUAUCGUGUAACAUCGAAGAGUGGAGUAAUAACGCUGAAAAUUCAGCCUUGCAAUAACAGAAAUAAAUUACAUUUAAAAAAAAUGUCCUUUGAAAUUGUAAUAUAUUCACAAUAUUACCCAUCAAACAGAUGCAGCCUUUGUGCGCAUGAGGAAAAAAAAAAAUCUUACAAACCCCAAACUUUUGAAUGGCAAUGUCUGUGUAUUUUAUCUCCAGAUAUCUGUGCUAGAAACUGUUCAUGUAAUUUAAGGAUCUCUCUUUGCAAUGCUGCUGCUUUGACUCACGAGGGCACACAAAUAUACAGAGGUCAUUUUACAUCUGUCCUUUCUGCUUACCAGUGCUUUUGUGUCACAGUAUUACACCAGACAGGUGAGCUUGUGAAUUUCCAGUUUCUGGUUUAACACUGCUGCUAUUUAGCUGUUCCAAAUAAAAACAACCCCUUCCCCACCCCCUUUUAAUAAAUGAAAAUUUAUGAUUACAUGCUCGUCUGCCUUAUAAACAUUACUAUAGUGUGCCGGUACCUGCUGACCUUGUGCAAUGAUAGAGGCUUAUGCAAAUAUGGUGCAAAGAUGUAAACAGUUCGAUUCAUUUUUUUUUAUUGGUGUAAGUAAAUAAGCUUCAGUAAACAGA